AUGACUGACCAGGCUCUCAUCUUCGACGGCGAAGAGCCGCUUGACCAGAUCGAUUUUGAGGAGGGCUUGAACGAUGACGAUUUCAUCGAGGACGCUGCCCAGUCGGCCGACGAUUUCGACAAUGGCGACUUCGAGCUCGACGGCUUCGAUGAUCUCGGUAUCCCUCAAUACAAUGAUGAGGACGAGGCAGAUGACUAUGAUCCGGAGUAUGACGACAACAUCACUGGCCCGAAGCGCAAGCGCGCUCGACCUAACAGUCUCCCUAAGAAGCGUCAGCCCUUCCAACGUUCUGUCACCGGUGCUCAAACCCACAAUGCCGAGGCCUUCAUUUUGGACGAAGACAAUGAUUUCCUCUACAAGCAGUCUUCCCGUGUUCCUGGUACCUUCGGCCGCUGUGACCGUCGUAAGGGAGAGAGUCUUCCGGCGUACCAUAAGCGUGUCUCUCAUGAGCUGGACUCCGACGACGAACUCAUGAUGCAGAUGCGUGAGAAGGGUUUCAGCGAUCGCCAGAUUGCCGACAGGCUUGCUAGGGACGGUCGUGUUCGCUACGACCCGAAGUCCAUCUCUACACGCAUCAUGCGCAUCCGCCUUGCGCAGGCUGACAAUGUCGAUUUCCUUCUGAAGGAAGGCUACAAGGAAUGGGAGUACGCCGAUGACGAACUACUAAUCCAGGCUCACGCUCUUGCGGACAUCGAGAUCAACUACGAGAUUGAGCGUAUCCGCGCUUGGCGCUUCCGCAAAGUCUCUGAGUACAUGCGCCGGCUUAACAAGGACGCUCUCUUCUCUGCCCUUGCCUGCCGUGAGCGCUACAAUUCCAUCAUGGAAGGCACAGCCCGCAUUCCCACAGAGAUAGAUGACGACCCUGGAGCCCGCCGUGCUGACAUGGAGGAAUUCCGUAUGACCCGCGAGAAGACCCGUACCGAAGAGAAGGCCAAGCAGGACGCUCAGGACGCUGCUGAAGCUAAGGCUAAGAGUGAUACCAAAUCUCGUAACGCUCAAAAGGCUGAGGAGAUCGCCAACAAGCGCGCCGCCAAAGAAUCGGAGAAGGCGAACCGCGCCAUGGCCCGCGCUGCCCAAGCUCAGAUCCGUGCUGCUCGAGCUAUAGACAAUGUCAACACCAAAGCUCAGCGCAAUAACCAGCUCAAGAACCAGAAGAAAGCUCGAGAGGUCAAGAAGCCCGCCGCAAAUGAGAUUAGUCCUUCUACUCUCAACAACAGCAAGAAGGUGCCUUCCGAGACCUCUGACCUACGUUCUUACCUCUCCGUCCCCGACCUGAAGAAGAUGUGCGAAGACCGCGGUCUAGAUCUUCCAAGGAGGAUGAAAAAGGAUAGUCUUGUGCAGGCUCUCAUGGACGCAGAUGAUGAGUUCAGCCAGAACGACCUCAAGAAGAUGUGUCGCUCCAAGGGCUUGAAUGCUAAUGUUAGUAAGUUGCAGAUGAAGCACCAGCUGGCGUUGGCCUCCGCGCAAGCUUAUGGAUCGUAUGGCAAGGGUGUUGCCGCUGCGACUGCGGUGGAGGAUGGCGAUGACGAGAUGGGUAUGGAUGAGGAGUAG